GCCAAAAUGGCGGUUGGAAGGUAGUCGCAACUCACAACAUCAUUGGAUUUUCCUGGAAGAAGUCUGAAAGUUUCUGGAAAUCAUCCCGCUUUAGCCUGCUCCCAUGGCCGCUAUCAUCAAUCCCCUCCAACUCCUCUUUUGGCUAUCGAGCUCUUUGAUUCUCCAUACAUCUAGCUCUUAUCCAGGUUCUUCUAGUUCCAUUAUUGACCCUGCUAAAGUCAAACAGGUUUCAUGGAAGCCAAGGGCAUUUGUGUACGAAGGUUUUCUUACGGACUUGGAAUGCGAUCACCUGAUCUCUCUGGCGAAAUCAGAGCUGAAGAGAUCAGCAGUGGCGGAUAAUGUUAGUGGAAAGAGUAAGCUCAGCGAAGUUCGAACCAGUUCUGGGAUGUUUAUCUCUAAAGGAAAGGAUCCAAUCGUUGCAGGUGUAGAGGACAAAAUUGCAACGUGGACCUUUCUUCCAAAAGAAAAUGGGGAAGACAUUCAAGUUUUAAGAUAUGAGCAUGGGCAAAAAUAUGAUCCACACUAUGAUUACUUUGUUGACAAGGUUAAUAUUGCUCGUGGUGGACAUCGCUCGGCAACUGUGCUCAUGUAUCUUACUGAUGUGGUAAAAGGCGGAGAAACUGUGUUUCCCUCUGCAGAGGAACCUCCUCGACGAAAAGCUACUGUAAGUGAUGAAGAACUCUCUGAAUGUGCAAAGAAAGGAAUUGCAGUGAAACCACGAAGAGGUGAUGCCCUUCUUUUCUUUAGUCUCCAUCCUAACGCCAUUCCAGACCCAAGCAGUCUUCAUGCUGGAUGCCCAGUGAUUGAAGGUGAGAAAUGGUCUGCCACAAAGUGGAUUCAUGUGGACUCAUUUAACAAGAACUUGGAAGCUGGUGGGAACUGCACAGAUCUGAAUGAGGGUUGUGAUAGGUGGGCUGCCCUUGGGGAAUGCACCAAAAACCCAGAGUACAUGGUAGGGUCUCCAGACCUUCCUGGAUACUGUAGGAGGAGUUGCAAGGUAUGCUAGAAUAUUACCAUAUGCUUUCCACACGGAGCAUCCUUUGUAGGUUUACAUUGCACUAAAAGAUGAUUUCUGUUUUGGGGGAUUGUAUUUAUUAAAUAUUUGUUUUUAAAAUUGACAAUCUCUUAAACAUUGCUGACUUCUGUAUUUUGUAUCUUGCAUUUUAACCCAGUUGUAUUAAAUCUUUUUUAAAAUGGUUUUUGAA